AUGGCAGAAGAUGGCGCUCAAAGUACCCGAGUACGAAUGGAUGAAGCUUUUGAUCGGCCCAUUGCUCUUGUUGACAGUACGCGAGCACCCGAAGCUGACGGCGAUGGAGAAUCCCGAAGAAACUCUCGAAGUCCUUCGUGGCGACAGCUAGCCAAACGUCCCACGGAUUCUGUAAAAGAAGGAUUGGCAAGAUGGAAGUACUCCAAAUGGCAGCAGGAUCGCUAUGCCUCGGGUCCGGACAUCGAGUCCCAGAACGAAGAAAGCACAGGCGAACCUGCGAUAUCUCGCGCAGAAACUUCACAGCUUCUUCCACCCGGGGUGACUCACACACAGACUGAGACGUCAGACUUUGCGUUGAGGAAAUCUUCUCCAGAUCGUGGACGAGAGCGGGUCAAGAAGACAAAGGAGGAAGCGCACAGAACCAAGUCUGAAAAGGAACCAUACGAAGUCGACGUAUUGUACGAGAAUCAACGAGGCUGGUUCUUUUUCGGCAUUCCCCUUUACUCUCACUCCUCGCUCCUGAACCUUGAUCCAGCUCCGUGGACAACUAAAGAUGGAAAGGACUCUGCAGUCAAUAUUACCAAUACACAAGUUCCAGAUCCGAAUUGGGAGUGGGCGUGGAAAUCGUGGUAUGUAGACAUGAGUCACGACGUCGACGAAGAAGGUUGGCAGUACUCCUUUUCGUUCUCGAGAAAAUUUUCGUGGCAUGGAACGCAUCCCUGGUUCCACUGCUUCGUGCGGCGGAGAAGAUGGUUGCGAAAACGCAUAAAGAAGCAGGAAAUGAGGAAGAAGGAUGAUUUCGACAUGGCGGGCGCACAUGCAUUGACAGGCGACUAUUUUACAAUACAUACAAAACGGGGUAGAAGCCCGGGGAGUGGACUUGGAAACACAACUACCCGAGGAUCUAGUCAUAUGAGUCGAGUAGCAGUCGGGGAGGAAUAUUUGCCGCCAGAAGACAUCAAGGAUAUUCCGAGCUUGAUGAAGGCCUUGAGGCUUGCCACAAUUGACCGAGAGAAGAUUGACGCUGUUACGAGGUUUGUUGAGACUGGUGGUGAAGAGCUCGUUUAUCUUCAAGAGCACAUUGUGGAAAUCAUGGGCUUAUUCGUCUUCCAAGUAUCACGGCGGCAGUUGCUUGAGUACAUGAACAAGAUUGCAGACGAGGUCUCAAGGGAAAAACCUAGUGACAAAGCUGAAGAAGAGCGCGUGAACAAUUUACAGAACGCUGUACGUGUUGCACACGAUCAGAUUGGUAGUUUGGAAUACUGGAGCGACCGUCAAUAUGUCCUAAGGACUGCCGGCGAGAACGGACAGGGUCACCAAUCGAUGUUCUCAGAGUCAUCAGCCAUAACAAUGCCAAAAGAAAGCAACCCUGUGGAUGAGAUCAAAGGCAUCGCAGACGACGCCGAGGUUGGCAUUGAUCCUAUGAAAAGGGUUCUUAGUCUACCACCAGACAAUAUACCUUGGUCGAGGGGUGUGGAACAGUCCGAGGAGGCAAAAUCAAGAGAGAAGGAGACUGCCGGGAUGGAGGAAGAGGAGCGAAAUUCUAAUGAUGGUGUCGAUACACCUAUACGCUUACCUCCGGACAGCCUUAAAGUGGACGAUAAAUAA